CGCGACUGUCGCAGAACGGAUCAAGAUACUGUACAGCGUAAAGUGAUACUUGCCUUUUUCUACAAGGUCCUGGCCACGUGUCGACCACGCAAAUCCAUACCUGAGAUACCUGAGGGAAAGACUGGCCAUGAAUUCAACAUUCUCAAGUCCCCAUGAGGCUUUUUGAAAGUGACAAAGGAGCCACCAUUGAGACAUGUCCACCAUUCCUCGCGCACUUCACAUUAUUAUUGUUUUCCAAAGGCCGAGCCUCGUACCGUACUAUUUUUGCACACGCUAAGUAAAUUAUGGAGAUCUCCGCAGUGCUCCGUAUGGAGUAGAAUACAUCCUCGGCUUAAGAUUAUCAUGACAAUAACGUCAAAUAACUUCCUGCCAGCCCUCGCGUCGACACUGAAGUUGAAUACCGCAGAAAUGUCUCGAGCUUUUAACCGUCCCUUCACAACAGCUGUCCGUCAUCUGCAGAAACAGUCCUCUAUCCCAGCUUCCUACUACCGCGGGGGAACCUCCAGAGCCCUAAUAUUCAAUGCUCAUCAUCUUCCCCCGAACCCAUCCGAUUGGACCCCCAUAUUCCUGGGGACCAUCGGCUCUCCCGAUCCUUAUGGCCGCCAGCUUGACGGGAUGGGAGGCGGGAUCUCGAGCCUGUCCAAGAUAUGUGUGGUGAAGCCGUCACAACGGCCGGACGCACAGGUAGAAUUCACAUUCGUGCAGGUCGGCGUCAAGGAGGCCAUAGUCGACUAUGCAGGAAACUGUGGGAAUAUGACAUCUGCCAUCGGUCCCUUUGCUGUAGAUUCAGGUCUUCUCAAAGUAGAACCAACAACGCCAGAAGAGCAACAACAACAACGACAACUCACUGUGAAGCUAUACAACACCAACACCGACAAGAUCAUCCACGCGACAUUCCCCAAUUGCGACGGCGAAGCUGUCGCCUCGGGCACUUUCUCCAUCGAUGGCGUUGCAGGCACCGGAUCCAAGGUCCGUCUGGACUUCAUCGACCCAGCAGGCUCCAAGACCGGAUCCCUCCUCCCAACAGGGAACAGAGUGGACACGAUAAUGGAGGGGAUCAGAGCGACAUGCAUCGACGUUGGGAAUCCAUGUAUCUUCGUCUCAGCAGAGGAGAUCCUUUCCGGUACCACAUUGCCCGCAACGCUUCUCCCAGAUGAAAUCCAGGGUCACCCCGAGCUCCUCUCGAAAUUCGAGACCAUCAGACGCCAUGCCACGGUGAAAAUGGGUAUGUCUAGAUCCCUGGAUGAGGUUCCGCCUUCCAUCCCCAAGAUCUGUCUCGUGUCCCGUCCGUCCACCCAUCGACUGUCUUCGGGGGAGGUGAUGGAUGAAAGGUCUGUGGAUGUCGUUGCUCGUGCUAUUUCGACGCAACAGCCGCAUAAGGCUCUUCCUAUCACGACUGGAUUGGCGUUGUCUGCUGCGGCGAGGAUGGAGGGGACUAUUGUUGCGGAGUGUUUGAGGUCUGCUGGAGGGGGAAGUAAGGCUGGUUUUGCUGCUGAUGAAGUAGUCAUAGGUCAUCCCAGUGGGAGAUUGGUUGUUGGAGCCAAGUAUGAUAAGUGGGGAGUGUUGGAAAGAGCGACGGUAUUUCGGACGGCGAGGAGGUUGAUGGAAGGGAGGGUGUUUUGGAAGUAGUAGCGGUAGUUAAUGGUCAUUUUGUGUUUGCAUUUGUAUUUUUGUAUUCUAGGGAUCAAGGGCUACAGAUAUGCGUUUCUGACAUUGAUUUUUGUCUUAUUU